AUGCCUGCUGGAAAGGACGCCGGCACACCCCGCGUCUUCCUCUACCGACACGGACAGACGGAAUGGUCUCAGAACGGUCGGUACACUGGUAACACUGAGCUUGAUCUCUUGGAAGAUGGCAGGAAGCAGGUUGCUGCUUCUGGCAAGAUGAUUGUUGGACCGGGAAAGUUGAUGGACCCGACCAAGAUUGCGCAUGUCUAUAUCAGUCCGCGCAAAAGAGCACACCAGACUUUUGAGAUCGCUUUCUCUGAAGCUGACCAGAAGGCACUGGCUGAUGCCAACAAGAUCAGCGAGACAGAUAGGCUGGCUGAAUGGGACUACGGUGCCUACGAAGGCCUUUUGACUGGUCAGAUUCGAGCAUUGCGCAAGUCGAAGGGCUUGGAUUCUGCUUCUGCGUGGGAUAUCUGGCGUGAUGGGUGCGAAGAAGGCGAGUCUGCACAAGAAGUGACGGAUCGCAUUGAUAAUCUGAUUGAGGAGAUUCGUGCUAUCCACAAAGACAAUAUGCACGGAGAGAAGGAUUGCGAUAUUGUCCUUUUUUCACAUGGUCAUUUGCUCCGUGCCUUCACUAAAAGAUGGUUGAAAUAUCCUAUGGAUUUCCCUCUUUCCCUGAUGCUUGAGCCUGGCGCCGUUGGUGUCUUGAGCUAUCAACACCACAAUAUCGAUGAGCCUGCUAUGUUGCUUGGUUCCGGAUUUCCAGUAGAGGAAUGA